AUAUGUAUAAAAUAGAAUUGUAUUAUAUAAUCAAACAGCUUCCAUUUGAUUAAUGUAUCACUGAAAAUGCAAACAAAUGAAAUUACAUUAAAGAGUAUAAUAACAAAUAAUAAAAAAGUAGUUAAUGUGGGUAAAAAGAGGUAAAUGGAAGUAACAAAUAUAAACUGAUCUAUUUAUUAAUUUAGGGUAAAGGUUUGGUUUUGGUUACCCUUGUUCAAGUAGCUUUUCCAUCAACUGUUUGAUUGGUUGUGUCCACUGUUCUGCUGUGUCACAAAGAGAAAUGAUGUGAGUUUGGUCACUGAUAAACUAAUACGGUAUAUGGAGGAAUUAGUUGAAUGAAAUCUGUAGGGAGCAUCAGACCACCAGCUAGCAUGCAACACUGUAUGGGUGGAGCACAGUAACCGAUCCCUCAUCUCUGAUUAGUGGAGAUGGUGAGGAUCCAUUCAGAUCUUAAGACUGAAGCACAGGCCUCAGUGGACUGGCUAGUAAUCUGUGUGUCCUCACUGCCAUUGGGAAUAAGCUCUCCGAAAGCAGGGCUUAAGCUCAGGGGUUUUAAGAGCAAACAACCUGCUUUUUACUGUGCUAACCUGACAGCCAUAGACCGUUGGCAACAUGAGAGUGCUCCAUUUCUUCAUGCUGCUGGGCCUGGGCCUCAUCCUCCUAGCUGCUCACGGUGAGGCACUGAAGUGUUACACCUGCAUGGGCUCUACUGAUGAAGACUGUAAUCGCCAAGGAUCUAAAACAUGUCCGAGCUACUCAGAUGCAUGUGCUAUUGUCCGUGGACAUGGCAGUGGCGUAAUGAAGUCGUGUUCGUACAAAUCCUUCUGCAGCCAGGCUAACAGCCAGGGCUACAGAGCUCCAGGGGUCAAAGUUCACUGCUGCUACUCUGAUGACUGCAAUGUGACAGGACACGCCACCAGAAUCACAGGCUUCAGCUUCCUCCUGAGCCUUCUGUUAUUUGUCUGGCAUCUGCUGUCAAACUAAUGCUCCUCUAGGCAAACUGACCUGGCUAUUAAAGACCAUUACCAUUAUGGAACUCUUUAUACUCUGUGAUUGAUAACAUGCAUACUGAUAAUAUACCACACUGCAAAUAUCAGCAAGUGUACUGCCAUGGGAUUGUGCAUGCAAUGCGUAUUAGGUUAAUAGAGCACACACACAUACACAGAUUUUGUCACAUUUCUACUCUGCAUAAAGCAAAUGUAUUUAUUGCUCUGACUUUCUAGGAAUUCGAAAAGCCAAACGCCUUUUUAUUCUGUAGGCUAUAUUAAUCUAUAUGAACUCUAUUAUAGGGAUGGUUGACUUAAAAAUGAAACCCAUGUCAUCAUUUACUCACCCUCAUGUCAUUCCGAAGCAGAAAUAUUCAUUAAGGUUUUUUUUUUUUAAACAUAGUUCAACUAUUUUUUGUACUGCAAGCAAAAGAACAACUGGAACAUUUUACUAGAUAACUCCAAUUGUGUACCUGAGUAAAUAAUGACAUUUGGGUUUUUUUUUGUGGUGAAUUAUCUAUUUAAAAGCCAUUUUGUUGUAAGGAACAAAGGGUUUGGUAUAAUGAAGAAAGAGAUGUUUUAAGAUGAGACUCAAAUGUUGUAAAUGAAUGUGUAGUUUAAUUUUCUUGUCUCUCUAUACAUGGAAAUAAAUAUGAAGACAACAUUCUCUGGCUUGUUUGGCUUUUGUGCUUGAUUGUAAAUAAACACUGCUUAUUCCU